CAUUCUCACGACUAAAACCCUAACACUGCAAAUAUAUAUAUAUUCUCUCUCUUUUCUUGUCUGCCUCUGUUUUGUUUUCUGAUCAUCAUCGAUUGAUCCUCUUCCUUCUAUCCACUGCACGUCAGAUCGAUCGAUCGUCUAAUUCUUUCCCUGUCUGUCUGUAACCCCUCAUUUCCCAUCCAAGUUCUUCUGAUUUUCCCGCUCAUCGGAAUCCGAUUCAUUGCGAUUUUCAGCUCAUGUUUGGUUUAAAUGUUGGGUCGAGCAAGCUGGCGGGAGUUGAGAUUAGGUGAUGGCGGAUCCGCCAUACGUGAAAUUUUUAAAGGUGUAAAAGAUAGCGACUUGGAACUAUGCUGAGCGUGUUACGAGUCCACCUUCCUUCCGACAUUCCGAUUGUAGGCUGCGAGCUGACCCCUUAUGUACUUCUUCGACGGGCUGACAAAACAAUAACAUCAGAAGAUGUGUUUGAUACUGCUCCACUUGACGGCUACUUCUUGAGAUACAAGUGGUAUCGAGUACAAAGUGAUAAGAAAGUUGCUAUUUGUAGUGUACAUCCUUCUGAACAGGCUACUUUACAAUGCUUAGGAUGUGUUAAGGCCAAGAUACCAGUUGCCAAGAGUUACCAUUGCUCAUCCAGAUGCUUUUCUGAUGCAUGGCAGCAUCACCGUGUUCUACACGAGCGUGCUGCAAUUGCUGCCAAUGAAAAUGGAGGUGAAGAGGAAGAAUUGUUUGGGAGGUUCAAUAAGAGUGGAUCUGCAGUCAUCAAUACCAGCUUAUCUGCGUCGGAUUCGACUCUAAAAUUGGCAAAUGAUGCCAAUAAUUUAUAUCCUGUGACAAUUACUCAAAGGAAUGGUGGGGAGACAUGGUUUGAAGUUGGGCAUUCAAAGACUUAUACUCCAACAGCUGAUGACAUUGGUCAUGUAUUAAAGUUUGAAUGUGUGGUAGUAGAUGCAGAAACUAGACUUCAAGUUGGUCAAUCCAGCACAUUUUUAACCUCUCGUGUCAUACCUGCUCCAACCCCCAUUCCACGUCGGUUGAUCCCUGUGCAUGGACUUGACGGGAUGGGACAUUUAGAUACUGAUGUUCGAAUAUCAUCAGCUGGUUCUUUUACUGUGCUUUCAUAUAAUGUUUUAUGUGAUAUGUACGCCACAAAUGAGUCAUUCAGUUAUUGUCCUUCUUGGGCUCUCUCAUGGCCUUACCGCAGGCAGAAUUUGAUAAGGGAGAUAGUUGUUUAUGGUGCUGACAUUGUCUGUCUUCAAGAGGUUCAAAGUGACCACUUUGAGGAGUUUUUUGCACCUGAACUGGACAAGCAUGGUUAUGAUGCUUUGUAUAAGAAAAGAACUGCAGAGGUUUUCAGUGGGAAUGCUAGUACGGUUGAUGGUUGUGCAACAUUUUUCCGUAGGGGAAGAUUUUCGCAUGUCAAAAAAUAUGAGGUUGAAUUUAAUAAAGCUGCACAGUCGCUCACUGAUGCUUUCAUUCCUACUGCUCAGAGAAAAAUUGCACUCAAUCGAUUGGUCAAGGACAAUGUUGCACUAAUAGUUGUUCUUGAAGCAAAGUUUAGUAAUCAGGGUGUUGAUAAUCCUGGAAAACGCCAGCUUGUCUGUGUGGCGAAUACACACGUCAAUGUUCAACAGGAAUUAAAGGAUGUCAAGCUCUGGCAGGUUCAUACUCUCCUGAAAGGAUUGGAAAAAAUAGCUGCCAGUGCUGAUAUUCCAAUGUUGGUCUGUGGGGAUUUUAAUGCUGUUCCUGGAAGUUCUCCUCAUGCACUUCUUGCAACGGGAAAGGUUGAUCCGUUGCAUCCUGAUCUCAAUGCUGAUCCUUUUGGAAUCUUGCGGCCUGCCAGCAAACUAACGCACCAAUUGCCAUUGGUAAGUGCUUACUCAAGUCUUGCAAGGAUGGGAAUUGGUGUUGGAAGAAUGGAUUCCAAUACAAAUGAACCACUAUUUACAAACUGCACCAGGGAUUUUAUUGGUACUCAUGAUUAUAUAUUCUAUUCAGCUGAUUCUUUGAUGGUGGAAUCUUUGUUGGAAUUGUUGGACGAGGAUAGCUUGAAGAAAAAUACAGCACUUCCUUCGCCAGAGUGGUCCUCUGAUCAUGUAGCACUGCUAGCUGAAUUUCGCUGCAAGCCAAGAACAACCAGACGCUGAAAUUAGGUCAUCGCAGGGAUGAACCGCGGGCAAAGGAAAACCGGUAAAAGUGGCAAUGUCAGAUGAACUAUGGUUUUCCCUUAAUCGGGCAGUAUAAUAUAUGUUGUCUGCUCAUAAUCACCUUGUAACAUGGGAUAUUUCCUAUGUAUAAAAGAGUGAUUACCAAUUUCUUAUUUUCUCUCCCUUUCCUUUUCCCUGAUAGAAAUCCAUAAUCAACUUUUUUUUCUUUCUUUUUAUCUUUUUAUGAAUAGCCCUCAUCCCUUUUUCCUAUGGGUUGUAGUUUUCAAUGGAAUGAUAAUAUUUAUUAAUAAAGUCAUUUAUGAUUCG